AUGGUAGUGCGGAAAACACGAAACCGACACUGUACCGUGAGUGGAGGCAGGGAGACGGGUGGACAGCGGCAGGCAGACAACGGCAGGCAGACAGAAGUCCCGUGCCCGGUAUGGAAGCUGCAGGGUGCACGGAGUAACGCCUGGCCGCGAGUAGCAGCGGCCACGGGGAGACGAGCGGCAGCGAGUCCGCAGGAGAGGAGCCGCGGUGAGCCGCAGUGGAGACACAGCGACCAUGGCGCGCAGCCCCAAACAUGUGAUGUGGAAGAGGAGCCGCGACCAUGCAGGACGAACAAUGUGCGAGGCCUUUUUCUCUGUCACUUCCCUGCUUCUCCUUCCUUCUCCCUCUUCCCAUUGUCCUCUGCUUCUCUCGCAUCUCUACUCCCUCUCAAUUCCGUCUCUCUUCCCCUCUUCUCCUGCUUCUCUCUCAUCUCUUCCCUCCCUCUUCCCGUCUCUCCUCCCUCCCUCUUCUUUCUCUUCCCCUCUUCCCUUGCUUCUCUCCCAUCUCUUCCCUCCCUCUUCCCCUGCUUUUCUCCAAACUCUUCCCCUCAUCUCCUGCUUCGCUCCCAUCUCUUCUUUCCUUCUCCCUCUCUUCCCCUGCCUAUCUCCCAUAUCUUCAUUUUCUCUUCCCUCCCUCUAUCCCUCUUCUUCUACCUCUCUCCCAUCUCUCCCCUCCCUCUCCUUCCCCUCAUCCUCUUCCUCUCUCCCAUCUCUCCCCUCCCUUUCCCCCUCUUCAUCUGCUUCCCUCCUAUCUCUUCCCUCUUCCCCACUUCCCUCUCUUCUUUGGCUUCUCCCCCACCUCUUCCUCCUCUCUCCCCCUCUUUUUUUGCUUCUCUCACAACUCUUCCCCUCUACCCUCACUUCUUCGGCUUCUCCCACAUCUCUUCCCUUCCUUACCCCUCUUCCUCUGCUUAUCUCCCAUCUCUUCCCCUCUACCUCCACUUCUUCGGCUUCUCCCCCAUCUCUUCCCCCUCUUUCCCCUCUCAUCUUCUGCUUCCCCCCAUCUCUUCCUUCCCUCUCCCCCUCUUCCUCUGCUUCUCUCCCAUCUCUUCCCCUCUUCCUCUGCUUCUCUCCCAUCUCUUCCCCUGCUUCUCUCCCAUCUCUCCCCCUCUUCCUCUGCUUCUCUCCCAUCUCUUCCCCUGCUUCUCUCCCAUCUCUUCCCCUGCUUCUCUCCCAUCUCUCCCCCUCUUCCCCUGCUUCUCUCCCAUCUCUUCCCCUCUGCUUCUCUCCCAUCUCUUCCUCUGCUUCUCUCCCAUCUCUCCCCCUCUUCCCCUGCUUCUCUCCCAUCUCUCCCCCUCUUCCCCUGCUUCUCUCCCAUCUCUCCCCCUCUUCCUCUGCUUCUCUCCCAUCUCUUCCUCUGCUUCUCUCCCAUCUCUCCCCCUCUUCCUCUGCUUCUCUCCCAUCUCUCCCCCUCUUCCCCUGCUUCUCUCCCAUCUCUCCCCCUCUUCCCCUGCGUCUCUCCCAUCUCUUCCCAUCUCUGCUUCUCUUCCCCUCUUCCCCUGCUUCUCUCCCAUCUCUUCCCCUCUUCCUCUGCUUCUCUCCCAUCUCUUCCCCUCUUCCUCUGCUUCUCUCCCAUCUCUUCCCCUCUUCCCAUGCUUCUCUUCCAUCUCUUGCGUGCCUUGUCAGACCCGGUAA